CAUGGGACGGAACACACUUGGCGAAAAGUGGGUGCCAUGGUUGCGACUCUGCAUACCCCUUCGGGGAUAAAAUGCGUGAUGUUGUGUGUGUGUGUAUAAUAUGUGUUAGCAUACAAACAGACAACUAAUAUGAUCACCUAUUAAACAUCUAGAAGAAUCACAGAACUCUCACAGGCUUGCUCUGAGUGUGCCCCGCGCGCGCCGCCGCCGGGCGAGAGUGUUGGCACAGCAUCCAGUGUGCACCCGCUCUCCGACACCAUAACGUCCUGUGUGAACCUCACCAACAGUGUUUACGUUUGGACAUGAACAAAUAAGCGCCAUGGCCAGCGAGAGCAGCGAGACGAGCAGUGUGGUGGACGCGAAGACUUGCGGCAUGCUGGUGCUGGUCUACUGGCUCUGCUGCUGCAUGUGGUACGAAGAUAAGUCCGAAAACACGAGUCGGCAUCCGAGCAGAGCUGAAAUAACCCACGAUAACGGCGGUCGGCGACGCUCCAGCGAGUUCUUCAGCCGCCGCAUCGGCAGCAGCGCUGUCUCUCUACACCUUCCCAGCACGUCAGGCCACAAGAAAUCCCUCUCCGCCCACAGAAGUCACGAAGAGAUCGGCCGCCGUAAAUCCCACAACGAUGAGACUCGCUACCACUCUGCCCCCAGCGUCAUCGACGAGGUACUCCACAGGAGAGAUUGGGAGCGCUCUACCAAGGAUCUCUACAUCCCUCUGAAUCCCGUCAGGAACUCUGACGGCACAGACAGUCCUGAAAAAGCACCGCAUGCCGAACCCGAGUCCUCUAGCAUAGAAUGCCUUAAAAGUGAUGAAGUUAAACCCUGCAAGAAACAUCAUACUAACAUAAAGUCUUCUAAAAAGAAGGCUGAAGGGAACAAGGAGAAAGCCACCAGUGAUGAUAAGGAUUGUGACGUCACGGAACAAACGUUUUACAUCGGAGAUACAAUCGAGGAUUCAAAUUUCGAUAACACUGAACUAGAAAUUCGAAAUGAUAACAAUUUGAAAGUGCAAGAGAAGCCCGCCAAGGUUUGCAAAGCAAAAGAAGCUAAGCAGUCACUCAAUGAGUCGAUUCGGUCGAAGGAGCGGCCGAAGCCAGCCCUCAUGCCGCUAGCGGAACAUCAGCAUGCCUUUACGUUCAGCUUGGAUGAAGUCAUUGAGCGGCUGGAUACCCUGGAGCCGCUGGACCGAUCUGGAGCUUAUCACCACGGCAUAGAGUCGAGGAUUAGUGGGACCAGGUCUACUUAUCCACCGCCUUCAGUUGAGGCCGUGGGGUACGACGGCUGUGCUUGUUACCUGUCGGGCGAGGAGCGGGCGCCGGCGGGGAGUGAGGGCGGCGCGGGCGGUGCGGGGGGCGCGGGGGUCGGCGCGUGGCGCGCGCGGCAUGCGAGUGACGGGGACAUACUGGCCCAGCCGUGCCGUCCUGAAUCUGGCGCUUUCUCUGAGAGUGAUUUAGAUCUGGAUUUGGAGGGAGGUGAGGAGCGGCCACCCCCUUACGACGAGCUGCACCAGUACGCCUCGCCGCAGAAGAAGGAGACCGCCAUAUAAAUGUAAUAACUACAAAAAUAUAAUAAAGGAGAGACAGAUUGUCACUUCACAGAUAUAAAAUAUCAAGCAAACUGUUAUAAGGUAUCAAGCUAUGUUGAAAAAUUACCUAUUGUUGCAAUUUUGAAAAAGUCUUGGAAAGAUAUCAACAAAAUACAAUAUUUUUCAAUUUAAUAUUUUAAUGACAUGACAAUGUUUAACAUCAAGUACCAAUUCUUGAAAUCAUGAAUUUAUAAAUUGAAUAAUUGAAUUCACAUAAACGUGCCAUAUUUGUAUAAUAUUAAUGUACAACUUGUAUAAUUGAACUUAAAUUAGUAAUAGUAUGUUUUAAAUGUAAAAAGAAAACAGUUGCAUGUACCAUUCUGCCUAAACUAUAAUCUGAACCAAACAUGUACAAAAAAUUGUACAAAAUAGAAGCCAAACGCAAGAACUUUGAUCAAAUCAAAUAAAAAUAACUAUUUUUGAUUGAACUCCCAGUGCCCGGUCGAGCCAAAGAUCUAUUUACUAUUGCAAUAAAUGAAUAAAAUUAUAUUUAUAAAUACAAUAUUUUCUAAAAAAAUCAAUUAAUAUUCGAAAUGAUUGCAAUCUAUAAUCGAUUAGAUAAGAAAUAAACUGCAUUAUUUUUGUUAAUAAAGUCUAUUAUAAAUAAAAUAUUUUAAUGGUAUAGCUAUUAACUAUAGUCCAAGUAAGCUUACUUGGGGGUCCGUUCCCCGCGACCCCCGCCUUGUUACGGCCCUGUUUAUCAGGUAGUAGUCCAUUAGUUCGUCAAUUAAAUGUAAAGCCCCAAACGUUUAUGGUGUUGUUAUAAAUUAAUAAAUGCGUUCAGACGCCUUCGACAGUAUACUACAUUUGUAAAACGAUAAUGCUGGCUGCCAAAGCGACUACGAUACGACUGAGAAUAUGUUAUAAAAACAGUUUUGUUCGAGUCGCGUUCCAGAGUUACCCUUAUGUAUAAAGUGAAUAAGAUCGCUAUAAUUCUGGCAUCGAGAAACUUCUCGUUAAUUUUCAUGUUUGCGCUUGCAAUAAACUCAGAUAAAAAUAGUGGUGAUCGUGGGCUUCACCUCCCAAUAAAAGACACAGGGAGGCAUUAUGAAAUUAGAUUUAGCUUUUGCAUUUUAUGUGCCAUAUUCGAAAAGAAUCUUUAUGUUAAAAUAACUGGUACGCUUAUGUACAAAAAAUCAAUUUUAUGUAUCUACUAAUAGGCAAUGAUUGAGUCAUGGAGCACACAAU